UACAGUUCAACUUUCAGCCACUCAAACAAGACGAUCCAAACAGCCAAGAUGUUCAAGUUCCUACUCGUUGCCGCUCUGGUGCCAGCCAUGGCUUUGGCCAAUGUAAGCUUCACUGCAUGUGCCAACGGUGCUCCCACGCCCACGUCCCUAAUCGUCAACGAUUGCUCCGGUGAUUCAUGCGUCCUGACGGCCGGUCAACCCGUGAAUGCCUUGGCCUCUGGAAUCUUAAGCCCCGCCAAUAGUGCCACCGCAGAAGCCUACAUCACCGUCCGUCUCGGUGGAUUGGAUGUCGGUUUUGAGAUCCCGGAAACCCUGGAGGAUGCUUGUGCCGUCGGUAUCGAGGGUGGCUGUCCACUGACUGCCGGAAGCCCCUUCAACUACGCAUUGAACAUUGAGUCACUGGAUGUACCGGCCGCUGGAACCACCGUAUCGAUCGAGGUCGGUCUGACCGGGGAUGGCGGUGUCGCUCUCGGAUGUCUGAUGUUCAACGCCCAAAUCAACUGAAAGAUGAUGCUGUCGAAUGUGUUUGUGGAAUAAAUCCGCGCUUAACUAACGUUUA